GAUCUUUAUAUAGUUUCUUUUAAAUCCUCUCGUAUGUGGAAGUUCAUCACUCAGUAUCUAUGGCUACUAUGAAAUGUAAUGGCAUUCUUACGAGGUUUUCUACAUACACAUGUGACAUUGAGGGUGAAUUUGUUUUUUUUUACUUUGAAAUUUUUUGUCAUGAAUUCUUUGAUUGUCUUAGAGUUUGGUUGAAAAACAUCUGAUAUAUAUAGAAGAAACCCAAUUAGCAGCUAUCAUCAUAACAAUGCACUGUUUUGUUAAUGCAGAGCAAUCAUAUUGUGGCACUAAAAGUUCUGUUCAAGACCCAGCUAAAACAAUCCCAGGUUGAGCAUCAACUUCGCCGUGAAGUUGAGAUACAAAGCCACCUCAGGCAUUCAAAUAUACUGAGACUUUAUGGCUAUUUUUAUGAUCAGAAAAGGGUGUAUUUGAUUCUGGAGUACGCAGCAAAGGGUGAACUCUACAAGGAAUUGCAGAAAUGCAAAUAUUUUAGUGAAAGGCGUGCUGCUACCUAUGUUGCAUCUUUAGCUCGAGCUCUCAUAUACUGCCAUGGAAAACAUGUUAUACACAGAGAUAUCAAACCAGAGAAUCUUUUGGUUGGUGCUCAGGGUGAACUUAAAAUUGCUGAUUUUGGUUGGUCUGUGCACACAUUCAAUCGCAGACGGACUAUGUGUGGAACUCUUGACUACUUGCCUCCUGAGAUGGUGGAGAGUGUUGAGCACGAUGCAAAUGUUGACAUAUGGAGCCUUGGUGUCCUCUGCUACGAGUUCCUCUAUGGAGUGCCUCCCUUUGAAGCAAAGGAACACUCAGACACUUACAGAAGAAUAGUUCAAGUUGAUCUGAAAUUCCCUCCCAAACCCAUCGUCUCCUCAGCUGCAAAGGACUUGAUUAGUCAGAUGCUAGUAAAGGACUGUUCACAGCGUUUACCAUUGAUCAAGGUACUCGAGCAUCCGUGGAUCAUCCAAAAUGCCGAUCCGUCCGGAGUAUUCAAGGGUUGAUUGAUUCAUUCCCCCUCCCUUUGUCAUCUUUGGGUCAUCCAUCCAGUAUGCUUAUCCUUGUGGUAUUCUUAUUAAGGUUCGGUUGAUCCGGUCUCAUGUCUUUUAAUGCCUGCCAAGUUAUUCAUUUGGUUUCUGGUGCAAACAGAUUUUGUCCAUUGGUGAUUUUCAAUGUGGAUUUGAGUGUAGCAAGUUACCAUCAUAUAUAGUUGUCAUUCUUUUCUCUCUUGUAUAAAACUAAAAGUGUGUUUUAUUU